GUUGACUUCAUUAAAUCAUUCGAUGGCAUGACUCAGCGUGAGCGGUUACAGGCGGGGAUCGAGUACAUGGAGGCGAUGAGGGGCACGAGACGUCGCCGGGAGAUGGUACCACACAGAGCCAAGCUAGACCUCAUCAUGGGAGGGAAGCAGAUCGAGUUUGAGGAGAGGUUCGAUAUUGCCAGAGAAAUCCAGAAACUGAAAGCCAUCGCUAUGCCAAAGCAUGCCAAAGAUCUUUUCCACGGGAGAGGUAUUCAUUUACC